CCCCGCCCGGCCCUUUGUGACGUAAGACAAUGCCUGCCACGCGUCUGAACUCGGCCGCUGGGGCAGCCGCGGGGAGCUAGCGAGCACGCGCCCGAGGAAUCUUGUAGUUCUAUUGGGAGUAACCAUGAAUUUGUUAUUUAGAUUAGUCAUUUUCUUUUACCUGUGGGGCUUUUUUAUGACUCAGGGACAAAAGAAAGAGGAGAAUACAGAAGAAGUAAAAAUAGAAGUUUUGCAUCGGCCAGAAAACUGCUCUAAGACAAGCAAAAAGGGAGACCUACUAAACGCCCAUUACGAUGGCUACUUGGCUAAAGACGGCUCGAAAUUUUACUGCAGCCGGACACAAAAUGAAGGCCACCCCAAAUGGUUUGUUCUUGGUGUUGGACAAGUCAUAAAAGGCCUAGACAUUGCUAUGAUGGAUAUGUGCCCUGGAGAAAAGAGGAAAGUGAUUAUACCCCCCUCAUUUGCAUAUGGAAAGGAAGGCUAUGCAGAAGGCAAGAUUCCACCUGAUGCAACAUUGAUUUUUGAGAUUGAACUUUACGCUGUGACCAAAGGACCACGGAGCAUUGAAACAUUUAAACAGAUAGACACGGACAAUGACAAGCAACUCUCUAAAACUGAGAUAAAUCUGUACUUGAAAAGGGAAUUUGAAAAAGAUGAGAAACCACGUGACAAGUCCUAUCAAGAUGCUGUUUUAGAAGAUAUUUUUAAGAAGAAUGACCAUGAUGGUGAUGGCUUCAUUUCUCCCAAGGAGUACAAUGUAUACCAACAUGAUGAACUGUAGCAAAUUUUGAUGUCUACAUUUUUUUGGCUAUAUACUAUACUUUAUAUAUAAAAGUUAUGUUUUUCAAGAAUUGUGUUUUACUAUUUUUCCCCCCGGAGAAGAUAUUUUGAUCUGCUAAAUACAUGUAAUUUUGAUAUAAUAAAAAUGUGAGGCCAUUUUGCAUAUUUAACUU